CGUCGGCGCCGGGCCGGCAAUCCAAAACCCUCGAAAAAACCCAACUCCGACUUCGCAGACUCACCUGCACCUGCAACUGAUAGAAACUAAUCUAUCGUAGCUGAAACCUUCUCAGCGAAGGAUGAAGGAAGAAUCAAACGGGCCACCAAACAGAGAGUUAUACGCUCUUCUCCAUAUCUCACCUGAAGCUUCAGAUGAAGAAAUAAGGAAAGCUUAUCGUCAAUGGGCACAAAUCUAUCAUCCCGAUAAAUAUCAGUCUCCUCAGAUGAAGGAUAUCGCUACAGAGAACUUUCAGCGGAUUUAUGAAGCAUAUGAAAUUUUAACAGAUGAGAAUAAAAGGCAAAUAUAUGAUAUCUAUGGUAUGGAAGGAUUAACUUCAGGUUUAGAGCUUAGUUCAAAUCUAAAUCAAGCAGAAGAGAUAAAGAAAAAGUUUGAAAGGUCACGGCGGCAGAAGGAAGAGGAAAAGGUAUAUUCCCAUGUUAGGCCUUCUGGUUCAGUUGUCGCAGCUUUGUCAUUUCCACGGUUUCUAAGUGGUGGUGGCAUCAUGAGAGGAAUGGCAAUGUCUAGUGAAGUUCAAUCUCAGAUAUCCAAGCGAAAUGCUAUUGCUGUUGGUGGCAAUAUGACAGUAAAUGGAAAUUCUGGGGGUGGAGCUGCUACUUUUCUGUUGAGGCACCAGAGUUCUUCAGUUGCUUCCAUAGAGUUCAUGGCAUCAGCUGGUUUACGGUCACUUAUUGGGGUACAGAUGUCGCGCCAUCUGUCUCUCCACUCAACAGCAUCAAGUGGAAUAGCAAUAUCUUUGAGCGAUGGUACAAUUAAUCUUACCAAUACUUGGACUCGGAAACUCUCUGAGACAGCAGAUGGAAAUAUACAACUUGUUUUGGGGCCAGAGUCAUCUAUUGCUGUUGGAUGGCAAAAGAAAGAUGAGAAAACAUCUGCUGCUGGAGAGGUGAAGUUUGGAACAAGUUCCUUUGGGGCAUCAGCUCAUUAUACUCAUCACUUCUCCUCGAAGUCACAUGGCCAUAUUGGUGGUAGAAUCGGAAGCACUGCUUUAGAGUUGGAAGUUGGGGGUGGAAGGAAAAUAUCUGACUUCAGUGCUGUUCGGAUGCUUUAUUCCAUAGGAAUUCAGGGAAUCUUUUGGAAAUUCGAGUUCCAUCGUGGGGGACAAAAGCUAAUUAUUCCUGUCUUGCUUUCUAGGGAGUUGACUGCAGUUGUUGCCACUGGAGCAUUGAUGAUCCCGACAUCUCUUUAUUUCCUUCUGAAGACAUUUGUUGUUAAACCUUAUUACCUUAAGCGGGAGAAGCAGAAGGCACUAGGGAAGAUGGAAACAUCUUCAGCACAGAUCCAGGAGGCAAGGGUAGCAGCUGAGAAAGCUCAGCAGUUAUUACAGAAUGUGGCCAACAGGAAGAAGAAUAAGCAAUUAGAAACAGGUGGGCUGGUUAUUACAAGAGCAAUAUAUGGAAGCCACAAAGCUUUUAACAAAAGGAAGGAAUUGAGAGAAGUGGAUGGUGACCUUGCUCCACAAGUUGUGGAUGUAACAGUCCCUCUGAACUUCCUUCUGAAUGAUUCUGGACAGCUGAAGCUCCAUGAAGGUGUGAAGAAGUCAGGCAUCAUGGGCUUCUACGAUCCAUGUCCUGGAGAACUUAAGCAAUUGCAUGUGGAGUACACUUAUGCUGGCGAGCGAUUUGAGGUUAUAGUUAAUGAUUAUGAGGAGCUGGUGAUACCGCAGUCGCAGCAUAGAAUCUGAAUUCCAUUCAUUCUUGAUUAAUUUUCAAAUGCUACCUUGGCCACCUCUAUCAAUUUUGCAUGCUUUGGCCAUGCCCUUUGAGGUACCCUUGCAUAGCACUACCACCUCAUUGAUUUUGUUAUGCAGAUAUCCCUGGCAUAUUUAUCCUAGUCAAGUUAUUGAGAGAACUCCAUAUUGCUGAUGUAAUUAAUAACUACAAAAGAAAUAAAGACCCUCAAUUCAUUUCUUGCAUCUGUAUACCAAAUUUUUUACUCAAGUCUAUGCAUGAAUAUCUCC